CUGCCUGGGGCAGCGCAGGGGUCUCCGGCCAGCCCCCCCGUCAGGCCGCGAGCAGCCCACGUGGAUGUCUCGGCUGGCAGAGCCGGUGGGGGGGGAUUUCUCAGUCGUGAGCGUGGGGCCAUCGCGAGGUGGCAGGUUACCAUGGGCCCCUCGUCCUGACGGGCUCAGGGGGCCCUGCUGGGGGAGCCGGGCUCUGGUGCUUGGCUCCAUCCUUCCCCGUUCACGGCCCCAUGCUGACGCCAAGCGGGGUCAGUGCUGUGCCUGGCAGCCCCCUGCCCGCCCAGGAGUGGGGUGGAAGGGCUCAGCCUGCUCCAGCUGCCUUGCUCUUUUCCUUGCUGCCUUUGUGUCCAUCUCCGCGCUGCUCCCCACAGCCCCCCACUGGGCAGGAGAGACCCUGUGGGCUCUGCCCCCCAUCUGUCCCCCUCCCUGCAGGGGCUGCAGGCUGGGGCUGGUCCCGGUCCCAAGGGACUGGUUUGGUGACAGUAGGGACUGCUUGGAAAGUGGCUGUGGGGGCAUCCAGCCCAUUCACCCACAGAGCUCUCCCGCUGCCCAGCUCAGAGCUGUGGAACACCUGCGUGCCCCAGCCCAGAGGGGUGGCACAUCCCCCGUGUCAUCGCUCAGCAUGUCCCUGUUGUGUGUUUCAGCGUUGCCAGUGCAGUCUGUGCCCUGGGGCACUCAGCAGGCCACAUGUGAGUACGCCCGGGACCCUGGGCAGGUCGCGCCGACAGCAGCUUUGCUUUCCCAAGCCUUGACCCUGGUUUUCUUCCCUGCUGGUGGUGGCUUAGGCUCCUCUGGCUGGGAGGAUGUCCCGCUCUGGUGUGGGGGCUGCAAUCGUCCCCAGCCCCGCAGCUGUUCCUGCAGCCCUGCUUUGGGGCUGGCCGUGCAAUGUCCCUGCGGGGUCCUUGCCCAGGGGGUCUGCUAGGGGUCUGUUGUGCAACAGGCCUGGCUGUCUGCAGUCCCCCUGUCCUUGCCCUGACUUGUCACCCUGCCUUGUUGCUACAUCAAAGUCUCCUUGGAUCUCUGCCGCCCCGCUUGCAGCCUGGUGUCCCUGCGCCUGGUGCCCUGGCCCCAUGGAGAGUGCGGAAGGGGAACCAUGCUGGCUCCCUGCGGUGGCACCCCUGCUAUGCCAGGGCAGCAGAACUGACACCAAGUAAACCUCUCCUGCUGCCAGCAAUAGCUCGUACCAUGCCUCUGUCCUUAUGGUGUGGCCAGAUGCCCCCUACCCCAUGGGUCUGGCCAGGGUCAGACCCUUGCUGGAGGGUUGUCCCUCUCCUGGCCUUGGUCUGGGGCUGCUCCCUCACUGGCCUCAGACAUUGAGGGUUUGGCUCACUCCCGGAGAGAUGAUGGUUUUGGGGAUCAAAUGGGCUGGGCAGAGGGGAAGGGUCCCCUGUCUAACAGCGAUGGUGUUGCCUCCCACCCCAGGGAAGUGUUUCCUGUACUGCAAUGGGCUCAUGGACCAUCUGUACGUCUGCCAGAAUGGCAACGGCUGCACCGCCUGGUACAAGGCCCCCACCCGCUUCACCGGCACGCUGGAUGCCUUCAUGAAGAUCACGCGCUACGAGGGCAUCAGGUCUCUGUGGAGCGGCUUGCCCCCGACCCUGGUCCUGGCUCUGCCAGCCACUGUCAUUUAUUUCACCACCUACGACCAGCUCCGGGACUACCUGCACGCUCGGACGGGAAGCCGGGGGCACCACAUCCCCUUGCUGGCCGGGGCCCUUGCCAGGCUGGGUGCCGUGACGGUCAUCAGCCCCUUGGAGCUCAUCCGCACCAAGAUGCAGUCCCGGCAGCUCAGCUACCGGGAGCUGAGCAUCUGCAUCCAGUCGGCAGUGGCUCAGGACGGCUGGCUGUCCCUCUGGAGGGGCUGGGGACCCACUGUGCUGCGAGACGUCCCCUUCUCGGCUCUCUACUGGUUUAACUACGAGCUGGUGAGGGAAUGGCUCUGCGGACAGGCCCGGCUCGAUGAGGCCACGUUCAUGAUCAGCUUCGCAUCUGGGGCCAUCUCCGGGACGGUGGCUGCGGUGCUGACGCUGCCCUUCGACGUGGUGAAGACCCAGCGGCAGAUAGAGCUGGGGGACAGCGAGGUGCACCCAGGCACAGCCUCCAAGCCUUCCUCCACCUGGCUACUCAUGCGGCGCAUCCAUGCUGAAUCUGGCACCCGGGGGCUCUUUGCAGGCUUCCUGCCCCGAGUCAUUAAGGUGGCACCCGCCUGCGCCAUCAUGAUCAGCACCUACGAAUUUGGCAAGACCUUUUUCCAGAAGCUGAACCAGGAGCGGCGGCUGCGUGCGUUGUGAGCUGGGG